CUUUAAUGCAGUAAGAGGUUUUGAAACCUAGUUCAAAAGAACAUCCUCUUGUAAGCAAAGUGGUUAUGCAAAGUGUUGUGAAAGCCGGUUCCCCAUAGCAGCCUCCGCCUGACAGAUGGGCGCGAGCUCUCCCAGCAUCCAGCACUCUGCCACAGCUGCACAGCCCUCCCGAGGUCUAAUACCCGCCGGGCCCUUCUCCUGGAAAACUGGCAUAUAAUUCCCCAGUCAGUAGCCAUCUCGGAGUGAGAAUGUAAUAGAAACCGAAGCUCUGGCCAACGAGAUGCACAGCACAGAGCACAGAGCACAGAUCAUUUUGGAAAAGAAGGAGAUGGCCGAGCCUGAGCAAGCGGACCCUCCACCCCUCCCAGGGAAGACACAAAGAUCGAGCAUCAGAAGAACGGCUGGGUCCGUUUCUAGCAGCGGCAGUGCUGAUCCAAGCUCCCUUGGCUCUGAUAAAGCAUCCUCCUCAGUGCAAGACCCAGAUGCUGGCAGCUCUUCCCAGCCCAGCAGUCCAGGAGAUCUCAUCUACAGCAACAUAGGAGAGAUCCGAGCACACCUGGUACCAAACAAAGUCUGCCGAGGGAGCUCGCCUGGGAGGCUCCUUUCUGACACCAGCUCUGGCUCAUUGCCUCCACCCCUGCCAAAAAAGCUUAGCAGAACCAGCUCGUUGCCCGAGAGGGUGCCCUCUCAUAACUGCCCAGGCAGAGGUGCCUCCUCCCAUACUCUGCAGUACGUCAGCAGUGCCGUGACCAGCAGAAGUGGGGGAUAUUGCUACUCCAGCACUCUCCUGAACAAGGAGAAGCCUCUCAGCUCCAACCAGUCUAGACCUCCAAGUCAUCCUAAAAGAUACUUGUCCAAGUCCCAAAGCAUGGGUGAACCUCAGCUCUGGGGGAGGCUGAAUAAAACCCACCCUGACCCUUUUCACAGGAAUAGUCACCUAGAGCUCCUGACCUUUACUACACCCGAUAGGGAGCUCCUCUCUUUCUUCAAGGACCUGGAGAACCAAGCAACUGUCUACGAGAAAGUGAUGGGGCGCCAGCUUGUGUCUUUGACCCAUCUCACCACACGGGUACAGGAGAUCCUGGUAGGGAAGGAGGAGGAGCAGCAGCUGGUAGGAACACAACUUGCGGGAAAGAAGUGGGCAGAUUUCAAGCUGCUGGACAAGGAGCCAUGUUGUGAAACAGGAGACGCUUGGUAUUACCGCAUCUGCUGUGCCCAGCAGGUCUUUGCUGCCAAGGUCCAUAAAUGCUACCCCAGCAGUCUCUCCGUACAGACCUCCCUUGAAGCGCACUUCAAUAUUCAGCAGGUGUUUGGCCACUUCAUCGAUUCUCUCCCUAAGGAUGUCAUGCCUCCAAAAAGCCCUCAGAAGCUGAGCCAGUUCUGUCCUAAUGAACAGGAGGAAGAUGUAUGUACCAGUAGUUCCCCCAGGGUCUCACCUCAUCUUGCCCAGGUGGUCAUCUCUCCUGAGAUUCCUUACCAAACACUGGCUGAUUUUGUGAAGAAAUCUCAACAUCUGCACAGCUCUAGCCCUGGUCACUAUGAACGCCUGGCUUGCCUCCUCCUCCUGCAGUUGUGCACUGGGCUUGAGUAUCUCAAGAAGCAAGAAGUUCUUCACUACAACAUCUGCCCAGAGAACCUGCUCUUGGUGCACUGUCCAUCUCCUCCCCAGGGCCAGCAGGACAGAGAUCUGACCCCGGAGCUGCUACUUCCAAGGUUACUCAUCAGCAAUUUCUCCAAAACUGUACGAAAAACAAGACCCGCACUUCAGACCCAAGAAUCAGAUCGGGUCCAAAAUACAGAUGAGUUCCAAGUAGUCCUCUUGAUCUAUGAGAUCUUGCAUGCAGCCGACUCCUUGGAGAAGGCUUCAGGGCUCCGGUGGGAUGACCUGCCCGCCAUCCCAGCCUUGUCCAUCUAUUCGCAAGGGCUCCAGCAGCUGGCCACCCUGCUUCUCCAUCCAGACCGCCACAGGAGAGUGUCUCUCCAGCAAGCGAAGAGCAUUCUGCAGAUCUUGCUGUGGGGGCCACGCCAGGAGCUCUUUGCCAGGAACCCAAUGACAGAUGUCUUGCUCCAGAACUGGAUCGACAUUAAGAGGACACUGCUGCUGCUGAAGUUUGCAGAAAAGUUGACAGAGGCAGAGGUGACGCUGAGUCUGGAGGAGUGGCUGUGCUGUCAGUACUUGAAAGAGAUCACCACAUAUACCCUACACCCAGUGGUCAGGAUCCUGUAUGCAUUAUAAAGCCAGGUAGCAUUUCAAGACCCCUCAAGACCAACGGAAAGGGUUAACACCUUACGUCUCAGUUAUGAAAUACGUGGAUUUACUGGGCUCAAAGGCAUAUCGCAGGCCUUCAAUUCUUCCAAAGAAACACCGAGCAGCAAUUAGCUGGUGGGAGGAGAAGGGGUCGUUAGACAUACGGGACUACAGUGCUGCCUACCGUGAAGUUUCUACAAUGCCUUAACUAAGACUAGAGGUAUCUUGGGUCAGGCUCCCGCUCUGUAUCAUCCCUCCAGGAAGCAACUGGCCUGCCUGUUCCUAGCCCACAGAUGUAAUGCGCUGCCCGGGUAACUCGCCCACAGCCUCCCUUCCCUAAGGAGUCCCGUCCUACUCCUGUUGACUUGUAACGGAGAACGCCCAGAUCUUUAAUAUCUGCACUGGGAUCUUCAGCCUGCAUUUCUUCUCCCUGUUGUUUACAACUCCGGGUCCCAUUCCCGUGGCUCUCUAGUGAACCGCUCCCCACAGCUCAGGACUCUUGACUGUAGUUUUACCCUUGCUGUAAGCUCCUUCAGCCAAUUUUCAGUCUGGGACAAAGGAGCCUGAACCCAGUUCACUGUAGUUAGAGAAGAUAUUUUGCCCCUGAGCCAAGUGUUCAAGUGCUUACUCACUUACUAACUCAAACUAAGGGUUUUUUUGCAUUUAGACACAAAAACUUCCUUGAAAAAAAUAUUCCCCUGCAUACUGGUUUUUUAAUUUUCUUCUAAAGAGAGAGAUUCGUGUGUCUGACAGGUUAUAUGAUUAAGGAGAAAUACGAUUCAUCCGAUAGACCCAUUCUUGUUGAAAACAAUUUGUUGCAUAGUCAUUAACAUAAAUAAUAGUGCACCAGUAGUCACGUAGCUGAGCAGCUUCAAUAAACCCAGAAUCCUGCUGAAUCUUAAGUACUGCCCAUUUAUGAUCUUUCUUUUUACAGCGUUAUGAAGCCAGAAGAUAUGUUCAGGGGGAAAUAAAGAGCUAAGCUUCACUGCUCUGUAGUGAUUAGUC